AUGACUCACCGCGCCGAUGCGUCCAACACUCUGGACAACCGGGGCUACUCGGGGCCACUGAUUCGAGGCCAGAACCCUGCCCUCCUACUCGAGACUGCGAUGCGCGACCGAAUCACAGACUCCCUCUACUGGAAAGAACAAUGUUUCGGCCUGAACGCAGCGACUCUAUGCGACAGAGCGGUAGAACUGACCUACAUAGGCGGCACGUACGGCGUAGCAAUGAAACCCUCACCCUUCAUCUGCCUAGCCUUCAAACUCCUCACCCUCGUCCCGGACAAAGAAAUCAUCCUAGAAUACCUGAACACCGGCGGGGAGGAGUGGAAAUAUCUACGUGCACUGGCGGCAUUCUACGCGCGAUUGACUUUCGACCCCGUCGAUAUCUACAAGACGUUGGAACCGUUUCUCGAGGACUCGAGGAAACUGAGGCAGAGGAGAAAGGAGUCUUAUGUUCUUAUACACAUGGAUGAAUUCGUAGAUAAUCUGUUGACUAAGGAUCGUGUGUGUGGCACAACCUUGUGGAAGUUAUCCGCGAGACAGUUGUUGGAGGAUCUGGACCAGUUAGAGGAGCGGGUGAGUCCGUUACAGGCUGAGCUUGAUGCGAUGGAAGAAGAUGAGGAGGACAAUGACAAUGACGACGCGGUGCUGGAGGGUGGGAAUCACAACGGUACUGCCAGUGAAAAUGGAGGGAGUCCGAGGUCGAGGAGCAGGAGCCAGAAUAGAAGCAGAAGUCGCUCCGAAAGUGAUUGA